AUGGUAAGUUGAAUUGAAUCAUUGAAAUAUUGUUUUUAAAAUAAUCUUCAAUGUAAUAACAUUAUAAAUUGUAUUUGUAAAGAAAAAAAAUUAUUUUAAUAAUAUUGUUUAGGGUCAAAGUCAUUCAGGUGGUGGUGGAGCUGGUGGUGAUAAAAAAGAUGACAAGGACAAGAAGAAGAAGUACGAACCACCAAUUCCAACCAGAGUGGGCAAGAAAAGGAAGCGUGCUAAGGGUCCAGACACGGCUACAAAACUACCAAUAAGUAUGUAUACUAGUAUAUAAGUAUAUAAGUAUUGUGUACUAUCAGAAUUCUAAUUUUGUAUUAAUCAAAUUUAUUUUGUAGUUACUCCACAUACUAGAUGUCGUUUGAAGUUGUUGAAAUUAGAGCGUGUCAAGGAUUAUUUAAUGAUGGAAGAAGAAUUUAUUUUGAACCAAGAAAGACUCAAGCCACAAGAGGAAAGGAAUGAAGUAAAUAUUUAUGAAAUACCAGAAAAAUCUAGUUUAAUUACCUAUGCUUAUUUUUCAAUAUAUGUGUUUUAUGGUGCUGAUUCUGAAAUUGUUUGUAAACAAUUUCACUUUUGGAUAUAUAGGUACCUAUAUUUAUAAUUUAAAACUUAUGUUUACUGUUAAAAAUCUACUUUCUACUUAUUCUGACCGUACUUUUAUUGUAUGUGACGAUUUUAAUCUUCCAAGACCAGAGGAGGUUUUAUGAUCUGUUAAUUGCAAUGGUCUCAUCUAUUCCUCUACAUGGGAUUCUCGUAUUAAUGUUUCCCUAAGGUUUAUACAGUUAAUCAAUUUGGUAUAAGUCUAAUUUACCAGACACCUUUUUUUUACCAAUUUUUUUUUUAAAUAUGUGUUUUUUGAUGAUGAUUUCAGAACUGUUUGAAUUUUUUUGCAGAAAUCAUUAUUAAAGAACUCAUGAAAGUUUUGAAGUAUGUUUUUAUUACAGGUUUUGUAUAAAUACCUAAUUUUAUAUUCAUUUACUUACAUUAGACGUAUUGGGUAACACGUCAGUAAUAGAAUGCAGUAUCAAGUUUGAUAAUGUCAAAUGUGCAAUACAUUUUUGCACUUGUAUUAUAAAAAAACACUCACCUAAUUUACAAAAAACAUUUAAACAUUUUGAUUUUGCCACAAGUUUACCCCAAUUAAAUUUUUCCUAAUUAUCUACACGACAUGGUAUUGCACAACAAAGCAAGGGUUCUUUUCAUUUAAAAUAGUCCGAGUGAGUGAAUGAGUGAUCCUGUUGGGUCUCUAGGGGCACCUAUAAUGCUAAUAUAAUAAACUUCAGAUUUCCAUAACUUCUUUAAAUAAUAAUUUCUGCAAAAAAAUCCAAACAGUUCUAAAAUCAGCAAACACAUAUUAAUAGAAAAAUUCAAAAACAAAUUGUGUUUAGUGAACUAAAAUUGUUUCAUCAUUUCUAUUAGACUAUUAGAUUAACAAUGUUUCUAAUGUUUCUGAGUCAUUUAUAGAUUUUAUCUUUUUGAGCCAUUAUCAGUUCAAUGGCAAUGCUGUUUUGAAUACAUUAGUGUCCGAAGUAUUAUCAAACAUUGUCUAUUGACUUAAUUCCAGUUAUCAACAGUUGCAUGUAGUUGAUACUUCUCAUUAUUUUUAUAAUUUCUGCACAGUUGACUACUCGUUAAUUUGUUUUUGUUCUCAUUUAAUUGGUUAGAAACCAUACCAAACUUAUAUGCUAAUUCUGUUGCAUUGCAUGUGUGUAUUUUGCGCCACUUACUAUGUAUAGAAUAGACCAGAUGUAAUUUUCCUAUUUAUUAGCAUACAUUAUUUUUUUUAUGAAUUAAUGAUUUGGUGUUUCAAAAAGAAAGCUCACUUUAUUUUGAAGUAUUUUCUAAACAUGAAAUAUUAUCGUAGGUUUUUUUUCUUCAGAUUAAAUAUAAAUAUUUAAGUAAUGUUGCAGGAAAUCUACUCAGUUUCACUGAGGCUACAUUUUGGGUUAACCUAUUUAUAUUCUGGAACUUUAAGGUAAAAUGAAUCUAGUCAGUUAAUCCAAAAGACUGUUAAAUUAAAUGUUGUUGCUAGUAAUAAUAUAUUAAACUUAUUUUACAAAAAUUUUAAUAUUCUAGCGCUAAUGUAAUACGUAUGCUAUCAGAUUUCUAAGUUUUCCUUUAUAGCUAUUCCGUAAAUCUUUUGAUUCUGGAAACUACCCAGAAAUUCUUAAAUUUAAAUUAAAUUAAAAAGCAGCACAGAUUUAGCUCACAUUGUUUAGUUAUUUUGUGUUUACUAACUACGUGUUUGAUGUUUUUGAAAGUAAAAAUUAGGUUGAUGUUAUUUUCACUGAUUUUUAAAAAAAGUUUUGAUAGGGUAAAUAAUGUUGCAUUAUUGAAAGUCCUUAUGAGCUUUGGUUUUAGAGAAACUUAGUUAAGGUUUACCUCUUAUUUGUGUUACUAAUUUGCUUUAAACAAAAAAGCCUCUAAUUGUUUUCAUAAUAAUGUCUUCUAUUCAAUAUUUAAUUAAAUUAAAUAUUAAUAAUGGAAAAUCAAGGACUUUUGAGACCUUCACAGUUAGCAUUUUAUUAUUAAUGAGAUAUUUAUGUAUUUUAUAUCAUAGAAACUCAUUUUUAAAUUGUUUGAUCUCUAAAAGUUUUCUAAAAAAGUUCUAUUAAUUAGUAUAGCUUGCAAUAAUUUAAUGUCAUAGUACAUACUGAAAAUAUAGAUACAAUAUCAUAUCAUUGAUGUUCUAACUAUAGUUAUCAAUUAAAAUUUAAAUAUUUUGUAUUGUUAUCUAAUGCAAUGUUUAUAUUAUUUCAGGAAGAACGUUCAAGAGUAGAUGAUUUACGUGGAAGCCCUAUGUCUGUUGGCACACUGGAAGAAAUAAUUGAUGACAAUCACGCAAUUGUAUCAACGUCUGUUGGAAGUGAACAUUAUGUUAGCAUAUUGUCAUUUGUUGACAAAGAUCAGCUGGAACCUGGUUGCUCCGUAUUACUCAACCACAAAGUAAAUCAAAUUAAUUUCUAAAAUUUAAUUGUUAUUUUAUGUUUAUCAUUAUACUAAUUUUAGGUCCACGCAGUUGUUGGAGUACUAUCUGACGAUACAGAUCCGAUGGUAACAGUAAUGAAACUUGAAAAGGCACCACAAGAAACAUAUGGUGAUAUUGGUGGUUUGGACCAACAAAUACAAGAAAUUAAAGAGUCUGUUGAACUCCCACUAACCCAUCCUGAGUAUUACGAAGAAAUGGGUAUUAAACCUCCAAAAGGAGUUAUCCUGUACGGACCUCCUGGAACGGGAAAAACACUUUUAGCUAAAGCUGUUGCCAAUCAAACUUCAGCCACAUUUUUGAGAGUGGUUGGGUCCGAACUUAUUCAAAAGUAUUUGGUAAGAUUUAGUUAAAUGAUUAUUAUUUACUAAAAAUACACUGUUUAUACAUAUUAUGUAUACAGUGGAAGUGUUGAAUAAUGUUAUUUUAAGAAAUUACUAGGUAGUUUAUGAAUUAAAUGAGGAAAAAAACGAUUAUACAAUCUUACCUAGUUUAGUUAUUUUAUGGAAUCUAUAGAUAUUAUAUUUAAUUUUAAUUUAAUUUCCUUUGAAAGUAUAGAAUAUAUGCACUUUUAAAAUGGUAACUCGUACAAAAUGAUAUUUUAAAAUAAAUUACUUUUAUAAAUAUUAUUAUGAACUUUCACAUUUUUAGUGAACUAAUUAUAUUUAAUUUACAAAAACUCGCCGUUUUGUUUACCAUGAUGAUGUGUUUUGUGUAGGCCAUUGGUAAAGUACUUACACUCUUGAAAAACACUGGUUUAAUAAUAUUUGAAAUAAUAAAGUAGAGAAUAACAAAAUGUUGACAUCCAACAGUAAGAAGACUUUUUAAGAGAUUUUGUAUAAAAGUUAUUUAAUAAGAUAAUCCUAUAAUAACAUGAUAAUCAUGCUGAAUUGAAGAAAAAAGCCCCAUUAUUGUAAAUUAAUACUUUUAAAUUAAUUUUUCUAAAAAAAAUUUCUGGAACUCAAAAUAAAAAAAACAACUAAACUAAUAUUGUAUAAUUCUGGAAUGUAAUAUUAUAAUAAUCUAUACCCGAUCACUUAUGUGUUUAUUUCUUUUCACUUCUAUAGUACAUAUGUACUAUUUUUGUUUUAUUUAAGUGGUUUUUUUCCGAUUCAUUAUUUUAUUUAAUUGUAUAUAAUGUGUAUUAAUUUACAACAGGGCUUUUUUUUUCUUCUUACCUACAUACUACAUGAUCUUUAUAGUGGUCGUUAACCUUUUUGACUUCAUGGACCACUAAAAUCAUAACUGUAAAUUCUACUAACCACUAUAAAGUUUAUAGUGUUUAUACUACAUAUCAAGGGUCCUUAUUCCGAUGUUUUGAACCUGCAGCCUUUUUUACAUAAUUAAUGUUCUACAAAUAAAAAAAAAAAAUACGUUUAUAAAAUAAUAAUAAAGAAUUUUUUAUUUUUUAUCUAUAAGACAAUUUAUUAAGUUUUUAAGUUUUUCUGCGGUCAUCAAAAUUUUCUCGUGGACCACCGGUUGGUGACCACUGAUCUACCUAAAUGAUAUAAGUAUUAGGUGUUAUGAAAUUGAUGAUACUUUAUUUCAGGGGUGGCCCUUUUUUUUGGUAGAUCUACUAAGAAUAUAUUUCCACUUUCUAACAAAAAAGGAAAAUUAUAAAUUAUCUAAUAGGUAUUAUUAGUACACAUACAUGUACUAUUAUUAAAACUAACAAUAUUAUUGUAAAUACAAUUGCUAGAAUAAACUCUGUUGAAUUGUAUUAAUUGAUAAAUUUACAACAAAUUAGAGAUAAUGUAUUAAGAUAAAAAUGAUCAAAAAUUGUUAUUUAUUUACUAAUUACAUUAAAAUAAAUUCUAACACAAUGGAGAUCGACAUUUAAAUCAACUAACUUAACCUAACCUAAUCUGAUAGUUUGGCCACCCUUGCCUUAUCUGAUCUACAAUUUUAUUGGAAAAAGAUGAAUAAUAUUGUACAAUUUAACAUAUUAACGGUGUAAGAAAUAAAAAUGUAUAAAGUACAUUGUAAUUAUUACAUUUCAAUAACCUAGUUAUUUCAUAAAUUAACUGAUUCAAUACUUUAACAGUAACAUGUAUAAUAAAUCUAUAGGGAGAUGGUCCUAAAUUAGUGAGAGAACUGUUUCGUGUUGCUGAAGAACACGCACCAUCUAUAGUAUUUAUUGAUGAAAUUGAUGCAGUUGGUACUAAACGUUAUGAUUCAAACUCCGGUGGUGAACGUGAAAUUCAACGUACUAUGUUGGAACUUCUUAAUCAAUUGGAUGGUUUUGAUUCUAGGGGUGAUGUUAAGGUAAAUAAUAAGGUCUUAUUGGAAUUUAUGAAUGUUCAUAACCUUGUAUUUAUUCUAUAGGUAGUCAUGGCUACAAAUCGUAUCGAGACUUUGGAUCCUGCCUUGAUUCGUCCUGGUCGUAUCGAUCGUAAAAUCGAGUUUCCAUUGCCAGAUGAAAAGACUAAACGUCGUAUAUUCAACAUCCAUACUUCAAGAAUGACAUUGGCGGAAGGAGUGAAUCUGCAAGAACUCAUUAUGGCUAAGGAUGAUCUUUCUGGUGCUGACAUAAAAGUAAAUAUAUGUUCAAUUAUUGUUUUGUUUCAAGUAUGUACAAAAUAAAAUUAUAUAGUUAAAUUAUAAGGUCUUAGUCAAUUUGAAACUAAAUUUUUUGAAUAAUCAUUAUAUUUAUUAUUACAAAGAUGUCAUACUUAAAGUUUGCUUGUUAAUAUUUUUAUUCAUAAUCAAACAAACAAAUAUAAAAGCUUAUUAGAUAUUCAUCAUUUUAGUACAGAUUUGAUUUACCUACCUCAUGUAAGCUGUAUAGCUUAAUAGAGCUUUUGUUGGAGAUAGGGAGUUAUGAUUAUUACUAAGCAAUGAUAAAUAUAAAUGAUAAAAUUAAUCAAAUGAAAAUUGAGAAAACAUUUUUUUUUUUGAUAAUCAAUAAUAAUAUGUUGAAGGAUUGUCAUUACUCACAUUAGACUUUUGAAUGAAAUAAUUGCAUAAUAUAUUUUUCUUUAGUUCUAUAUUUGAACUUAAAUUCAUUAUGUAUAAUUUUUGAAUUAGAUGAUAAAUUGUUAAAUAAGUUUAAUCCUAUAUAUAUAUAUACAAGUGUUGCAUUAGGUUUAUUUAUUAAUAAGAAUUGAUUAGCAGUAUUCCUUGUAUUUUUACUAUUUUGAAUUUUAAAAUUUGUUUUUUUUUUUUUGAAUUUCUAUAAAUGAUGUUUUUCCGAAUAAUUGAUCCAGAGUUAGGAUUUCUAGCAUUCUGAAUAAAUCGACAGUAUUAUAAUUUUGUUCGUAAUAUUGUUUUAGUAAUAUUCUAAUCGAAAUUCUGUGAGCAACAUUUAGUGGUUUCAAUGCAUUACUGUAAGUGGACCCCACACAAUUAGUCCAUAAGUCAAUAUAGAUUGAAAUAAUGAGAGGUAUAUUAUUCUGCUGGUAUUGAUAUCAAUAAUAUUGCGUAAUUCUCUAAACAAAUAAAAACAUUUUCUUGUUUGUGUAAUCACACUAUGCAUGUCAGUUACUCAUUUUACGUGUUCAUCAAAACGUUCACCUAAGUAUUCAGUGGAGUGUAUUCUGUUAAUAUUCAUAUAAUAUUUAUUUGCAAAACUCUUGAUUAUUUUCAUGAAAACAUUUAUUUAUGUAAGCACAAUUUCAUUCAGAGAAUUCACUUUAGAUAAAGAGAACAUAAUAAAUACGGAUUUGUUAUUAUUUAAUGAUAAACUAUUGUUAGUGGUACCAUUUAUUUAUUUGUAUUAUAAUAUAAUUAAAUUAAAUUAAUUUUUAAUUGUUGUUACUAUAAUAUUGAUCCUCUUUAUUAUGAAUUUUAUUUUUUUUAAAUUGAUGGGUUAUUUUUUAAAACUUCAUUUAACAAAUUGAAUCUAGUUCUGUUAAUUUAAAAGGUUGUUUUUUUAAACUUGUUUACAACAAAUUUCAGUAAUUAAUUUUAACAACAAACAUUACUAGUUUUUUUUACUAACACAAUUUUAACAGUUUAAUGUUUGUUUCAUAAUAGUUUAUUGUCAAGUGAAAAAAGUGAUAGUAAAUUACUGUUUCUGAUUUUUAAAAUUAUUUUUAACACCAAGAUUAAAAACAGGAUAAUGCAAUUGAUAUUAUCAGUUUUAAAACAUCUAAAUUUAAUUUGUAAAAUAAUUAACAAGUACUAAUUGAUUUAUUUUGAUUAUAGGCUAUUUGUACUGAAGCAGGAUUGAUGGCUCUUCGUGAACGUCGUAUGAAAGUUACUAAUGAAGAUUUCAAGAAAUCCAAAGAAAGUGUUUUGUACCGUAAGAAGGAGGGCACUCCUGAAGGAUUAUAUUUGUAA